AUGGCAACUAGUGGCCCACUUGAAAAGGCUGUGGAAGGGAAAGGAGUUCAUAUCGACAGCGACAAUCGUAUUUGCUGGGAUGAAGAUGCGGAACAACACCCUCGGAAUUGGAAGUCUGCAACUAAGAUAUACACUGCCGCUCUCAUAUGCUGGCUGGAGAUGUACAUGACGGCGAUCAGCUCCUCUGGGACGGCUAGGUAUAAGUAG